UGCUCUGUGAUUGGAUAGAAAGUUCAUGUAGGGCGUGACGUCACACGGUCGGUUGAACGAAGAAGGAAAGAGGCCAACUUCCGGUAUGGUGCGUGCAGUUCAACAGGGACCACAGGACAUACCUGCCAGGAAAAUGCGGUAGGCUGUUGUCAUAACUGAAAGAGAAAUUAAAACACAACACAUCUCAGUGCUAUCUUUACGACUUUGAAAUAAAUGUGGCAUAUGGUCAUAUGGCCUAAGGGCUUUGUAACGGAAGCAAUCGGGUUCGCUGAUCAGUCAUCGAUCGAUCGGGAUUAGGGAGCACGGUUGAACAUGGGAACGAGAUCGAGCCGUUUACAAGAGGAGGCUGCCGCGACUGCUUUUGAUAAAGAUGGCAUCAAGAGAGAGUCCUGUCGACGAAUCCGAAGCACCAGGCCCACUAGCCUCAUGGUGGAGUUCUCCGGCAGCUUCGACCAUGACUCAGAGACGAACCGCAGCCGGUCGGAAGAGGGCAGCGACUCGGACACUGGGCAGCAGGCGAGCAGCGACGGCAGCCCCGCCGACAGCCACAUGUCCCCGUCUCUGAGCAGCCAGGCCUCGCCGACGGACGAGAACGGGGCAGAGGAGGAUGGCAGUCCGGGAGGCCCUGUGAGCGCGGAGGAAAUAGGCCGAGCACCGCAGCGCACUUUCUCGGAGCGUUUGCCCGGUGGUCGCCAUUCUUCCGCCAGCGGCGUCACUGCCAGGUCCGCCCGGGUGAGGGGCACUCACCCCCGGCCAGUGUCUGAGGCGUGGAUCGGCCUCUACAGGGUCAACAACCGCCACGGUGCUAUUCGUUGUCCCUUCUGCACCAAGCCAUUCCCUGGAGGGCGAAUUGAGGACCAUCUUUUAAGUUGUCUGACUUCUCCACCUCUCCCUUAUAACACUGAUGUGCUAGCUAAGGACAGUGGAGAGUGUUCAAUUUGUCUCGAAGACCUGCUACAGGGGGAAACCAUCGCUCGUCUGGCCUGCCUGUGUGUCUACCAUAAGAGCUGCAUUGACACAUGGAGCAAAGUGAAGCCGUGCUGCCCUGAGCAUCCUUUUGAUUGAUUCGUGUGUUCUUGUGCAAUGACACUUUGACUCAGGAGACAAUACCCCCUGGCAGGAGCAUAUUUUCUGAUGAGAGGAUUGAGCGAAAGAAACAAAAACAAAUAACAAGCAUCAUCACUUGUGGUCAUCUUAAUCGGUCUGACUCUGAGUGAGCCUGGCUUUAACUAUCUGAUGUGACUCUUGAGACUUGGCUUUUCUCUACUUUACAGCACCUGCGUGAACGGCGGGUUUGUUCUGCUUGCCUUUCCUCUCUUAACUCUUUACUUUAAGGCUCAGAGUGAAACUGAUAAACUGAAUAGAACUUUGUAAAACAAACAUGUAAAUGGAUGGAAGUUACACAUGGAUCACCUCUCCGUGUGAACAUCUUGAUCUCCCGGAGGGAUGGUGUUCUUCUUACCAUGGAAACGUGGUGAUCUGUAAUUUAUGCCGGGCUAAGCAUUUGGUUUUGUGCAGCCUGCCGGGGUUGCAUUGGCUUGAAUGAACUACUUGAUUUUGUAGAGUUUGUUGGGCAGAUCCUGGAUGAACGCAGAGGAGCUGUAAAUGCAUAAAUAUUGCACAGGAAUUACAUAUGAGGCAUGAUGUUUUAUAUUUUUGGGGGAUAAUCUUUUUGUUUACCCUUUUCCCUUUUUGUUACUAUAGGAACAUUUCAAAGGCAGAGUGAAAUUUCCAAUAGAUUUGUUCGAUUUAAACUACCAAGAAUAGUGGUAUCCCUCUAAUUACCACAUUAGGCCCUUUUAACCUCUUGAUCUGAUUGCUUUUACUCAUUUGUAAAACUGUAUAUUGUUAACAGAUCAGAGCAAUACUUCCACUAGCUAGCUUAAUGGAUGUUAUUGGUUGCAGUGAAGUGUGUGUUCAAGUGUGUACUUAAAUGCAGAAGAUUUUGACGCUGAUGACCUGACAGCAUGUAUUACUCUUGGAGGGGAGGGUUUGUGAAAUUGCUUCUCUGCGUCUCAGACGUAGUAGCCUAGAGAAAUCCAGUCACUUUACACCAGGCCUGUAUGUCAGGCGCAGUAAUGCCAUAUGGCGCAUGCUUUGCCUGAGAAUGGCGAUUGAGAACAGCUGAUGGGUAAUUAUGACAUUAUCAUCAACCCCCUUGGAAGGAACAAUGGAAUAAAUAUAAUGAACAGGUCUUUUUUUUCUUCUUUUUUUUAGACAGCCCUCCACAGGGUAAAUACUUUUUCAUGUUUUCAGGUUUAUGGGGUUUCCUGAUUGUGGGUGUUAUGUUCAUUAUUCUGUUGUGUCUUGUAGAGGUCAUUUGGUCUGUUACUUUUUUGCCUUCGCUCGAGGAUUCAUAUUUUGAGUGGUAAGACUUUGCUUUUCUCAGCUGAGAGGUUAACUUUGAAAGUAUUGCAAUGUGUUUCCUUUACAGGACAGUCUUGACGGUUCUUUCCAAUUGAAAACAUGAGAAAUGCCAUGUGUGUCUGUGAGCCAAAGGCAAAAGUCAUUUUUACAGUUACAUGUAUGUUUUGUGUCUGUGUAGUGCAUUGUGGAGUGGAGGGAGGUAUUGUCAGAGUAUUUUGACAAUCUUUUAAGCUCUCUAAGUUAGCUUUUGCCCUUUAACAUAUGUGGUGCCAUACCUCAAUAUCAAUAUUUACUAUACUAACCUGGGGCUUAGCUAACUCCAAAGGUGGUGUUUGGUUUUGUUUUUUGUUUUUUUCUCGAAAUAUUAUUAUAUAUAUACACAGUAUAAAUACCAUAGCAAGUUCUGUAAUUACUCCGUGCUAAGGGUCUUGACCCGCUUGAUCCUGUGUUUUGACAGUUGUCGGUCAAAUAUGAAUGAGUUGGGAAUGUUCUUUGGGUCAGUAUGAUUUGCAUAUAUUCACAUCCCCAAACACAGACAAUCUGCCUUCAUUCUGCUAAAGAACAAUUGAGUAUUUAUUUAUUAAAGUGUAAAUAUGUAUCACA